GGUAGCGCGUCUGACUCCAGAUCAGAAGGUUGCGUGUUCAAAUCACGUCGGGGUCAAGAUAAGAAUGUGAGUAAAAUUAAGUAAAUAUUAAAUAUUUAACGCAUGAUAAGUUUUGUCGAAAUCAAAAGAAAUGGGCAAAGAAAACGAUUCUGACAAUACAAAAAAAAGAAGAAAAUCAGUUAGUGGGAAUUCUGGAAUGUCUUUGAAGGAUGGAGAUACAUACAAGGUUAUAAUUAGCUAUGAAGAAAAGGAAGCUAUGGAACGUUUAUCAGAAAAUGAUUCUGAAAGUUUCCUAUCUACUUGUGAUAAUAUACGUAAAGCUAUGAAUAAAAUUGCUAAAUUAAAAUCCAAUGGAGAUGCAAAUGCUAAAGACGAAAUACAUGAACUUCAAAUUCAAACAUCAUUAGCUUUUAUCGAACUCAAAAAAUUAAAUAGAAUGGAAAAAUUUCGCACAAAAUUUGCGAGAGAUUCUCUUAUAUCUUCAAAAAGUAGUGUUGACAGUAAACAUUUACAUUUACAAAAUCUGUUGUAUGAAGUCAUGCAUUUAAAAAAAGAAGUUGUUAAAUGUCUUCAGUUUAAGUCUAAAGAUGAAUUGAUACAACUUGUAUCAGAAGAAGAGUUUUACAAAGAAGCACCUGAAAAUAUUUCUAGACCGGAAAUAACAAAGCAUAAUCCUCAUCAAUUAAGACUGGCACGUCUAGAAUGGGAAUUAACACAAAGAAAACAAUUAGCUGCUUUGUGUGAUGAAUUGACAGAAAACAAAAAGGCAGUAGCAUUAAGUAUUGAAUCAAAACAAACUAGACUUGAUAAUCUUGCACCACAACUUUACUCAAUAUUAGAAGCAAGCAAGCCAUUACAAGAGAGUCUUGGUUUAUUGUUGGAUAAAGUUAGACAAGAACAUCAUAAAGCAGCAUUACUUGCAUCACCUCUGUAUGUUCUUUAUGCAAAGGCAUCUGCAUACAGAGAUGCAUAUGAUAAUUCUAUAAUAGUAAAAGUGGAAGGUGAUGAAGAAGAAGCAAAACGUGCAAAUAAUCAAGAUGCAUUGCAAGAAUCUGAUUCAGAUGCUGAAACUGUUUCUGAAAAUGUCAUAGAAGAAACUCCUGUACAUAAAAAAAGACAUCAUAGGUUAUCUAGAGAAGCUAGGCAAGAAGAGAAAAAAACAAAAUUGUUACAAAGGCAUCCUUUAAACGUGAAAAUAAUUAUUAAAUUGAAAAAUGAAACAAAACUGACAUUACAAUUUUAUUAUAUGAUGUCUUUGAAAAUUGUAACUGUGGAAUCAAAAUUAAAAACUGAUGGUAUUAUGGAUAUUAGUACAGGAGAUAUGCUUAUAUCAGAAUCUAUUUUACGCGAGUUAUAUCCACGAGAUUUAGGAUUAGAGAGUCCAAAUCCUGCUAACUAUUAUCAAUUAAAUCGGUAUAAUUUGGGCCAAUUUUCAUCGCUUGGAUUAGGAAUCCCAUAUAAAUGGGUACAAAGAAUGGCUGGAUUACAUUUCAUUUCUCCGGAUGCUAGAGAACAAAGAUUUACGAAUGGUGAAAUAACCCAAGAUAGCGUUGAAUGUGUAUUAAGAGAAAUCAAAAGACGCGUAAUAGCAAGAUUAGAAUUAUGUACAGAGAUUAGACAAUUAGAGUACGGAAAUUUGCCAAUUUUUACCGCUAAUAAUGAUCUUUUACCACAAAAACUUAGUACGAUUUUACAGAAAUUCUCAACAAUUUCAUGGAAUAAUUAUUGUAAUAAUGUAAAUCCCAUUUUUCAUGAACAAGGACUGGUAUCUUCAUUGGAUAUCUUUUAUGAGGCUAUACUUCGUCGAGGCAAUUAUGAAUUAAUUGCUAGAAUAGCUAUAAAACCAGAUUAUCCAAAAAUAGCACCAUUAUUUAGUAUAAGUAUGAGUCCUACAAUACAUGCAUCUGCAGAUAUUUUAAGAGAUAUUGAAAGAGAAGUAAAUGUCAUGUGGAUAAAACAGCCAACAUUGUCUGCACAACUUCAACGAUUACGAGCAUGUUUUGAUAUUUAUUUGGAAUCAGAGGGUCUUGUACCGAAAGAAAAAAUUUUCUUUCACUCUGUCAAAGGUCGUACUCGUGCUAGACCAUAUAAAUAUUUAGAAUUAGGAGGUGGAAUUUUUAUUCAUCGUUAAUUUAAUAUAAUACAAAAUGAUAUAUGUAAAUAUAUUUUUCCAAAACAUGUUAUGCUUUAGUGUUAAUAUAAUAAUGCAUGUUUAAAUUACAAUAGAAUCAUAUCAACUAAAUUGUAAGAAUCUCCUCAGUGCUUUAUAGCAUAAUCUACAUUUAUUGAUAAAGAUCAGAUAGUUUUUCCCACUUAUAUUCGUUAGGUGUAUUUUUUUUGUUGUUGAAGGACUCAAAAUUGAUAUUCGUAACUAUUCCUGAAAUAAAAUUGGUAUAUGUUAAAUAAAAAUUAUAAUACACAUUC